GCCGGAAGUCGCUCAGCGGAGAGACAGGAAGUCCCUCCCCUUCCUCCCAGAGGGAAGACGGUGAGCCGGAGGAGUCAGUCAGAGGGGCGAGCAGGAGCGAUUCCGUCGGCAAACAGGUUAUGAGUGCCAAGUGAGCCACCCUGACACAAGAAACAUCACCAGCACUUCAUUAGUGAUGGAUACAGAGAAGAAACCGGAGAACGAGGAGGAUGACAAUGGCAAUAAAGAAGCAAAGGACUCGAGAACUAUCUCAUCCCAUGACGUAGACCUUGGGCCUGUAUCUGAUGUGAUAGCAGAUUCCUCUGUGAAUUCCACAAGCAAAAGAGGUUUUUCAGAGUCUUCAGACUUUGGCAGUGUCAUUGUGGAGGAAAAUGGAAAUAAACAUGCUUCCAAACGGAUGAAAUUAGCUGAGGUAGAGCCCCUGAAGUCUGGAGAGCAGGGCACUGCUGGGUCAGAAAGUUCCGAGAGCGCAGGCCCAGAGCGGGGUGUCCCGCUGGAGGAGACCAGGACGGAGGCCCUCCUGGGUGACUCAGACGGAGGCACGUGUCUUCCUAGUGCUUUUGUUCCUCCUUGCGACUUGAGUGCCGUGGAUGCUGUUCCUAUGGAGACGGGCGCUGGAAAAAAGUCUGCUCAGGAAGUGGUUCUCCUCCAUCCAGGGAGAGAGUCUCCCUUGCCUCUGAAGGAGAUUAGCGUCAGCUGUACCCUCGGGAGCACGGACACAGUUCUCAAGUGCGGGGCCUGCAGUCAUUUGUUUUCCUCCUGCUCCGAUGUGGAGACGCACACCGAGUGCCCGGCGGGGCCACCUGGGGAGCACGCCUGCGGCCACUGCAGCCACAGGGCAGAGAGCGGCGCGGCCUUGCAGGUGCCCGUCGCACAGACACAUGGGCUGCAGAAGAUCUUCUCUUGUGAGCUUUGUGGCUUCCAGUGUGUGGAAGAAAACCUGUUGAACGCACAUUAUCUCGGUAAAACACACCUCCGGCGUCAGAAUCUUGUGGCUCGUGGAGGGUUUGUACAGAUCUUAACCAAGCAACCUUUUCCUAAGAAGCCAUGUCCCAUGGGAACAAAAAACGUUCGCACAAAACCGAGAGCCUCUAAACCACUAGCAAAGAAUAGCGAGUCAAAAGGAUUACGAAAUGCUGAAAGCAAAUGUAAAGAUUUCACAGGAACCAUUUCUAAACAUGGGGGAGGUAGCAGCGAGCUGCUGGUUGAAAUGGUGCCGUCAGGGGACAGUCCGUCAGAAAAAGUAGACUUUGUUGAAGAAAAUGUAACCUCGCUGAGCACAGCUCAAAAUCCUGACAACAAGAGUGAAAAGUUAGGAGCUUUAGUCACCUCGGAGAGUCUCCUCGAUAAAUUGGAAUCCACCAGAAACAGCCCCCAGGCAGCCCAUGGUGUGGGUGCGGCCUUGAGACUGAGACCUGAGCGGAACUUCCUCGUUUUGGGCAGUGGCUUCCGACGACGCGGUGGCACUUUCAGCCUAAAGGGCCAGGCAAAGAAAAGGUUCGGUCUUCUAGGAAUUAAUAAAAGGGGAAGUAAUGAGACACAGAGUCUGUACAUGAGACACUUUAGAAAGCAGGUGAAAACAAGUGAGGCCGAGUCGAUGCCUCAGCACGUGGAAACCAGUGGCAGCGUCCACGGUCCGUGCGUGACGUCCUCAGAAACCCAGGACCCGAAGCAGGACAGGAGGAACUCCCACCUCCUGUGCUCCUUGGACUCUCUGACGGUGAGGCCAGCCCCUGACCAUCAGGUGUUGUGUGCUUGUGCAGACUGUGGUCACACAGCCACAGACAGGACAGAGCUGGAAAUCCACGGGGAAAAGUGCCAAGCAGGGGAGACCUGUGGCUUGUCCAGCGCGUCCGGGAGGGACUUGGAUGGGCACGUGCACGGUCACCCGCACCCGCAGACGGCCUCCGGCCUCAGUUGUCAGUGCUGUCCGUCUCUCCCCGUGAGUGAGGAGGACCUGAGGGAGCCCGCGAAGGAGAAGCGCAGUCCGGGUCUCCUCUGCGCUCCCCGUGACCUGUUCUUUGUGUCCGAGAAGGACGUGGACGAGCACCGGACGACCGAGAAGCAUAUCCACUUGUCGGCUCAACCAAAGACUUCUCAGUCACUCAGCACUGACUUGGCUUUACAGACUUUCCCUUUAAGUACUUCAGAAUCAGAAAACACAAAAGAUUCUGUGAGUGAGCCAGGAAAAGCAGCUCAGGAAGAGCCAGUCAAGUCCAGGGUCAGCCCUGGAAAUGAAGUAAGGCAUUCGAGUAGGCCUCAGUUUCAGUGUAAGAAGUGUUUUUAUAAAACCAGGUCUUCCACUGUCCUCACGAGACACAUCAAGCUCCGGCAUGGGCAGGACUACCACUUUCUUUGUAAAGCCUGUAAUCUUUACUCGUUGAGCAAAGAAGGAAUGGAGAAACACAUUAAGAGGAGCAAACAUCUUGAAAAUGCUAAGAAAAAUAAUAUUGGCUUAAGCUUUGAAGAAUGUAUUGAAAGGGUCUGCAUAGGUGCAAAUGACAGGAAGGAAGAGGCGAACAUUCCCGGAGGUGGAAGGGCAGCUGGCCACGGAGAGGGCACGCACUUAGCAGAGCGCUCCGGUCUUGAGCAGAGCGUUCUGCCUGCCCCGGAGCUGCCACAGUCUGGUGUCAUCGCCAAAGAGGGUGAAUUAGCUUUGGCCACUACUCCAAAGAGAGGGAGACCUAAAGGUAACAUCUCACGGACCUGUUCGCACUGCGGCCUUUUGGCCUCGAGUAUUACAAACUUGACCGUGCACAUUAGACGAAAACACAGUCACCAAUACAGUUAUUUAUGCAAAGUGUGUAAGUAUUAUACCGUGACUAAGGGAGAUAUGGAGCGUCACUGUGCCACCAAGAAGCAUAAAGGCCGUGUAGAAAUAGAAGCAAGUGGAAAACAAAGUUCAGAUGUCGUUGUUGGCCCUGAAGGGGGUGACCUUGAGGCCAGUAGGAAGAACGCUGGUUCAGCAGUUUCAGGUGAGCCUGCUAACAGGUCGGCUGAAGCAGCUCCCUCCACGUCGGAAAAGCCAGGACUGGAGCACGGGAAUCCAGCUGAAGUCAAAGCUGACAGUGUGUUUCAUUCUCUAGAUGGGGACGCUAACAGUCACCUGGAGAAAAAGGAACAGGUCUCUCCAGAACCAGAGGACCUUCCCCACCAGGGGGGUGCAUACGCCCAGGGCGACGUCACGGGUACAGGUGAUAACAAGUGUAUACACUGUGAGUUUAACGCUCACUCUUCUGCUUCCCUAGAACUGCACGUAAAACGGAAACACACGAAAGAGUUCACGUUUUACUGCAUGGCGUGUGAUUACUACGCCGUGACUCGUCGAGAGAUGACGAGGCACGCGGCGACCGAAAAGCACAAGAUGAAGAGGCAGUCCUACCUGAGCUCUUCCAGCGCGGAAGCCGCUGCCGCAGAGAUGUCCAGAGACACCAUCAUACCCGAGGAGCUGCAUGAACAAAAUGCUGAAGAAUUUCAAAUAAUUCCACACCAAUCCUCUGAAACUCUCAAAUCGAAAAGUGGUGCCGAUUGUUCUGUUCUAGAGGAGAAUGCUAAUCUAGAUGUGUCUAAAGUGCUCUGUGCUCCUGACUCUGUAGAAAUUGAGACUGAGGAAGAAUCCAGUCUCAGUGAAGAUCACUCCUUCUGUGAAACUCUCCGCCAGCCCCUUGCCAAGGAUAAAGUUCUGAGACCCGAGGAGAUGGUUUCCCUUAUUUCCUCUAAUGAUGGCUCCCCAGCCAAAUUUCCGAAUGAAAAUUCAGGAAACUCGGCAUUGAAUUAUGAGACAGCAAAGAGAACGCACAAUGUGUUGAGUGAUGUCGGCAAUCCACACGCACACGGCCAGGGUGACGGAGGACGCGGAGGAGAAAAGGCAGAGAACGCCCUUGGCCGGCGUGCAUGUCCCGGGGCGCUGGAUGGAGAGCGGGCGGCCGAAAGCGCCUCGGGGAGAGUGGCCGGAGGACGGCUGCCCCUGCGGAGCGGUGGUCAGGAUGGAGCUGGAAGCCUGCAGAGUCCAGGGGAUUUGAGAGAUGUCCCUGAAGGCCCCGUUCUGGAGAAUAAGGAGAGUCUGAUGAGUUCCCAGCAUGAAACUAAAAUUAUUUUGGAAGAGGAUGGUCUGGUUUCUGAUAGCACCGUUGAAAAUAAUGAUGUUUAUGAAACUAUAAUCAGCAUUGAUGAGAAAGGACAGGCCGUGUACAGUUCUGGCCGGUUUGACUCUUCCAUAAUAAAAAUAAAGAACCCUGAAGACGAACUGUUAGACCAGUCUGAAGAAGCCUUGGUAGCAGCAGGAGUGAGAAUUAGUGAGCUGCCCUUAAAGGACUGUGCUCAAGGUGGGAAAAAGAAGAAGUCUGAAGGCAGUUCCUUUGCUGAAUCCACACGGAUUCGCUGUGAUGACUGCGGCUUCUUAGCUGAUGGUUUGAGCGGACUGAACGUCCACAUAGCCAUGAAGCAUCCGACGAAAGAGAAACACUUCCAUUGUUUACUGUGUGGAAAAUCAUUCUACACGGAGAGCAACCUCCACCAGCAUCUGGCCAGUGCUGGUCACAUGAGAAAUGAGCAGGCCAGCGUGGAGGAGCUUCCCGAGGGCGGGGCCACCUUUAAAUGUGUCAAGUGUACAGAGCCCUUUGAUUCCGAACAGAAUUUAUUUCUGCACAUUAAAGGGCAGCAUGAGGAACUGCUGCGGGAGGUGAACAAGUACAUAGUGGAAGACACUGAGCAAAUCAACCGCGAGAGAGAAGAGAACCAGGGAAACGUGUGCAAGUACUGUGGGAAGAUGUGUCGCAGCAGCAACUCGAUGGCCUUUCUAGCACACAUUCGCACUCACACAGGAUCAAAACCAUUCAAGUGCAAGAUAUGCCAUUUUGCAACAGCUCAGCUUGGCGAUGCCAGAAACCAUGUCAAAAGGCACCUUGGGAUGAGGGAAUACAAGUGUCACGUCUGUGGGGUUGCUUUUGUAAUGAAGAAACACUUAAACACUCAUCUACUGGGCAAACAUGGAGUUGGCACGCCAAAAGAAAGGAAGUUUUCGUGCCACUUGUGUGACAGGAGCUUCACAGAGAAGUGGGCCCUCAACAACCACAUGAAACUCCACACGGGAGAAAAGCCGUUCAAGUGCACCUGGCCCACGUGUCACUACUCCUUCCUCACGGCCUCCGCCAUGAAGGACCACUACCGCACGCACACAGGCGAGAAGUCGUUCCUGUGUGACCUCUGUGGCUUUGCUGGCGGGACCCGGCACGCCCUCACCAAGCACCGCCGGCAGCACACAGGAGAAAAACCUUUCAAGUGCGAUGAGUGUAACUUCGCCUCCACAACGCAGUCUCAUCUGACUCGGCACAAGCGGGUCCACACGGGAGAAAAGCCCUACCGGUGCCCCUGGUGUGACUACAGGUCAAACUGUGCUGAAAACAUCCGCAAACACAUCCUGCACACGGGCAAGCACGAGGGGGUCAAGAUGUACAACUGCCCCAGGUGCGACCACGGGACCAACGUGCCCGCGGAGUUCCGGAACCACCUGAAGGAGCAGCACCCCGACGUGGACAACCCCGACCUGGCCUACCUGCACGCGGGCAUUGUGUCCAAGUCCUACGAGUGCCGUCUGAAGGGCCAAGGAGCCACCUUCGUGGAGACAGACAGCCCCUUCACCGCGGCCGCCCUGGCAGAGGAGUCUCCGGUCAAAGACCGGCCCCUGCGGGGCAGCAGGAGGCCGGCGGUGCCGCCUGAGCCGGUCCAGCAGGUCAUCAUCAUCCAGGGCUACGACGGCGAGUUCGCCCUGGACGCCUCGGUGGAGGAGACGGCGGCGGCCACGCUGCAGACGCUGGCGCUGGCCGGCCAGGUGGCCCGGGUGGUGCACAUCACGGAAGACGGGCAGGUCAUCGCGACGGGGCAGGGCGGGGCGCACGGGGGUGGCGUGGGGCCCGGGCCGGGCCUGCCCGAGCAGCUGGAGGACGGGGCCACCCAGGUGGUGGUCGUGGGGGGCUCGAUGGAAGGCCACCGCGUGGACGAGCCCCUCAGUCCCGGCGGGGCCGUGAUUCAGCAGGUGACCAAGCAGGAGAUCUUAGAUCUGGCGGAGGCCGGCGUGCCCCCUCCGGACGCAGCCUCUGCCUUGGAUGCUCUGCUGUGUGCGGUCACUGAGCUGGGUGGGGCCGAAGGCCGGGCGGAGGAGAAGGGCCGGGCAGGCCCCCGGGACGUGCUGGUCCAGCUGCCCGGGCCGGAGGAGGCGGCCCCCGCCGCGGCCCCGCCCGAGGGCGCUGAGGUCCACCUGUUCCACGACGUGCCCGAGGGCGCAGCCGCCGCAGGGCCCGUGGAGGUGCUGGCCCAGGUGGUGCGGCCCGCGGCCGUGGUCACAUCACAGGAGCACAGCCAGGCGGCCCUCAAGAAGGUGGUGCAGGGCGUCCUGCAGUUCGCCGUCUGCGACCCGGCCGCAGCCGGCCAGCUGGUCAAGGACGGCGUCACUCAGGUCAUCGUGAACGCAGAGGGUGCCGUGCACAUGCUGGCGCGGGAUGGCGCCCAGAUCGUCAUGCAGGAGGCGGGGGCCCCCGACCCGCACGCCGACCUGGCAGAAUCCGACGGGGAGAUCUCGCAGAUCAUUGUGACCGAGGAGCUGGUCCAGGCCAUGGUGCAGGAGUCCGGCGGCAGCUUCCCCGAGGGGGCGACCCACUACAUCGUGACCGAACUGCCCCCAGGGGUGCAGGAUGGGGCGGGUGUGUUCUCCCACACCGUGAUUGAGGCAGCCGGCUCCCAGGAGAUCCUGCAGGCUGGGGCCGCGCUCAGCGCCGAGGCCAUGGUCCCCGGUGGGACCGAACAGUUGACGAGUAUGGUCAUAUAUACCCAGGAGGGCUCCCCGGCAGCCGCGGUCAUUCAGAGCCAAAGAGAGAGCAGUGACCUCCACGAAGCCUGAUGCAGGAACCCUGACACUCCACGCAGGGCAGGUGUGGAGAGACCAGCACACGUGGCAGGUGUCCCUGAACUUCACUUGCCAAGCCUUCGCGACAGUGACAUGCACAUCGAGGAGAAGGAACCCGCUCCGGGCCGGGUGAUGUCGCUGCUGACCGGAGGCCGGGCACCUGCUGUGCGUGGGCGGGCGGGGCAGUCCGUUCACCCCCGCCCUUCUGUCCACGCUCCUUCCUCGGUCCUAACAUUGUGCUGAGGAGAAGCCAAGUUGUUUUCUGUUUUUCCCCCCACCGAUGUUCACCCGUUUCAGUUCUGAAAGGAUUGUGCCCUGGCGGUGGAGGCAUGACAACACUGUACCUUGUGGCUUGAGACACGUCGGCUCUGGCAGCCUAGCAUGUCGCCGUUUUAACAUUUUAUUACAUGUUUGGUUAAAAAUUGCAGCUCCCCGUAUUACCAUGUUGAAGCAGUACGCUCUUCAUUUUUUUGAAAUUUUAGGGUCACAGUAUCCCCAGACCAAAGGCAGCCCAUUUCCUCCCUUCAGACAGCGUAAGUGUGUUCAUUGUUCUGGUUGCUUCUGCUUAAAAGAUCCCUUCUCAGCCUACGGUUAAGAAAUGCCUUGACGUUUUUAUUCAAUUAAAAUAAACCUUGGUUAAGAAAACUCAACGCUUCUAAUUUUGACUUAGUUUCAUACAAUAAAGCCUAUAUGAAAUGUGCACUUUGGAAAAUAC